CCCCCUGCAGCCCCGCUCUCCUCGCCCGCAGCCAGCCCCUGGUCGGUGGAGGACAUCCUGACGGAAGAUGACGAGCGGGACCGCGUCCCGCUGCAGAAGCUCAAGCUUUUAGGGGAAUCGGAAGAACUGAGAGGCUUGCUUCUGAAUCCACAUCUCAGGCAGCUACUGCUAACAGUCGACCAAGCAGAAGAUAAAAGCUCCCUUAUGAAAAAGUACAUGCAGGAGCCGUUAUUUGUCGAGUUUGCAGACUGCUGUUUGAGAAUUGUUGAACCUCCAGAGAAGGAGAACAUUCUUCCCGAGUGA